CUUGGCGAAGUUGCUGUAGGAUUUGGGGCUUGGGAAUAUGGAAGUUCGCGUGGGAACGGCGCCGUUGGCCGCUGGGACUCGCACGAGCCGCUUAUGAAAAGCAGUGCUCAACAGCGCCUUUUCUGAGCGCUCCCUCUCAACCCAUUGACACCCACUGCCGUAAAUACUGUAUUAGCCGGAUAUAGAUAGGAGGCUAGCCGUCUUGUAUUUAGUUAGGCACAGUCCCACUUCAGUCAAUCAGGCACCCGAGGUUCAUUCAUUUCACGCAUAUCGAUCUUCACAUUUCAGUUGCAGGCUUUGAAUUGUCGGCACCUCAACCCUCGGCGGACCUCUCCCGCCACCAUGUCGCCAUUCCCACGUAUCCCAUCCCGCUUCGACUCCCUCGCCGAAACCAGCGGCCCUCUCGAAGCCUUCACCAGCCUCCCCCGCCCCACCUCCUCCAAACCGCCCCUACCCUACCGCGAGCCCUCCUCCAUCUCCACCUCCACCACCGAAUCCUCCCGCUCCCUCUCAGAAGCCACAGGCGGGUACCAACCCACCCUCGACGUAACCAUCCACUUCCACAAAGCGACGAACCUGCCGAAACUAGACAUCCUAGGCUCGAUCGACCCGUUCUUUCGCGCGAAUAUUGAUUCGCAGAUCGAUUAUUGCUCGGCUUGUGUGUAUAAUACGCUGAAUCCGGUGUGGGAUGAAAGGUGGAGGGUGAGGAAUGUGCCUGUGGCGGCGGUGUUGAGUGUUGUGGUGUGGGAUAAGGAUAAGCAUACGGUUGGGGAUGAGGUUGCUGGGAAGUGUCAAACUCCUCUGACACCCGGCCGCCACACCCUCACAUUAACCCACCCAAAGACCGGCAACUACCGUGGCGAAAUACACCUGGAAAUCGAAACAAGCCCGUCCGCAACAAAUGACAACAACAGCUCGACGUCAGAUCCAUCCUUUCCCCUUUACUCAUUUGCAGGCCCCGUCCGCUACACUGUACAUCACUCCCCGUUCGUUGGGCAGCUCACCCGCACGAACCAAUCGCGUCUGUACAGCACGUGGAAGAUGCAUCUGGUAGGAAUCCAGGCGUACCUGGAACCCCCUACACAUUGGAACGUCAAUUACCAAGCUGCCCAGACUAUUUUCGCUAGCUCAAUUUCCAGCGCGGCUUUGAGGGAAAGCAUCAAAGCUGCACAUCGGCUGUUGUACGCACGGACGUGGAACAAUGGCGCGGGGGUGUUAAUGAGCGGCGACGAGUUCAUCGCUCUUCUCGUGUCAAGUUCGGAAAAUCCGGCCGCAUCAGCCGCCUCUGCGAGCAGGCCGACGAGCCAGAGCACAGCAGCGACGAAUGCUGCGGUGAACACCGUCACGCAGGCACCCAUCCAGGAAGUGCAGCCGACAGUGACCGGGCCCGGUAUCAUCCCUUUCCCAAUGCCGCGCUUCGACAACGACCCCAGCCUGGACGCGCCACAACAACCCACCCUCCCCGCCAACAACAACGCGGAGGAUCUCCCCAGCACAGACGUCAACGAACCCGGGCCACCGCCACCAAAACCCUGCAUGUACACCUACGCCAUUGACGACAACACGCUCCGGUUCUCGGAGACCGGCGCGGCGUUCAUGUUGGACAAUGCGUCUAAGCAUGCCAUGCAUGCCAACUGCUCGGAAUAUAUCCGGUAUGCGGGCGAGUUCCAUGUGCGGCCGGCGUGCGGGUGGGCGCAGAUUCCGCCGCCGGCUGAGUAUGUGCAGAUGGGGAUGGGGAAGGAUGAUUGGGGGUGGGAGGUUGUUCUUGACAACAACUCAGGCACCUACGCCCCACCCGCCACCCUCCUCCCCUCCCUACACGCCCUCAUAGUCUCCAACUUCCCCGGCCUGCGACUCCGCUGCGUCGACCGGCAGGACCCCUUCCUCGAGCAAUCGCGAAAGGAGAUGCAGGCGUACGCUAAGCAGUAUUAUUCGCCGAGCAGUAUGAGCGCUAGUGGGAGUGCAACGGCGGAGAAAGGCGAGGAUGGGGGGGAUGGGAGCUCGAAGGCGUUCGGAGCAACAUUCUUUGAGAGGUUGAGGGGUUUGGGGUUGAACCGUUAAAGUCGGACGAGAUGGGACCUCUCGCAAUCGCUGCAUGCAAAGUUCGGUGGACGAGAUGGCGGCGUAUUGUUUAAAAUCUCCACAAUCUAGACUGAGACUCUGCGCUAUCUGGAGCCUAAUAUUUGGUGUCAAUGUGGAACAUCUCUUCCGACAGCUAUGAGGUCGCGGACCCUGUCAUCCGGAUGAAUCGGC